AUGGAAAGUGAAUCAGUACCUAAAAGUUUUGUGAGGGAAUUUCUGAGGGCGACGAGAAUGGAAUGUUUGGAAAGCAACUUAAAUUUGGAGCUGAUAGGGAAAAUGAAUGAUAUUGCCAAUGGGAAAUAUAAAGGAUUAAUUGAAGAUGUAGAGAAUAUCGAAGAGAAUUUGAAAAGUGUGAUUAAUGAGUAUCAGCUAUCAGAGGAGGUUGUAAAAGAGAUAGAGGGGUUAAAAGAUGUUUUAGAUCAGCUGGAAAGCUCAGUUGAUUUUUUGGAAGAAAUGACAACUAGGAUUGAAACAAAAGUAAAAACAUUAGCAUAG